AUGUAUCCCUCUCUAUUCGUCUACAUCCCCGGAUGCUCUUUGCUUGCAGUGGACGCGGUGAACGGGACCGAGUCGCCGGAGUCGGACACGACGGCAGUGAUCGCGGCGACGAAACUGACGGUCCCGAUCGUGUUCGGCCUCAUCUUCCUGGUGGGGCUCCUCGGGAACGGGACGCUCGUGCUCAUCUUCGCGCGGCACCCCUUCAUGCGCAACGUGCCCAACAUCUACAUCGUGAACCUGGCCCUGGGCGACCUCCUCGUCAUCGUCUGCGCGGUCCCCUUCACCACGACCAUCUACACCUUCGACGAGUGGCCCUACGGCCCCGCCAUCUGCCGCCUCACCGAGACCACCAAGGACAUCUCCAUCGGCGUCUCCGUCUUCACGCUGACGGCCCUCUCCGCCGAGAGGUACUACAUCAUCGUCGACCCCAUCAAGAGGCACCUGUCCUCCAGGACCUGGACCAUCGUUAUGGUCCUCGUCAUAUGGCUCAUCUCCAUCAUUUUCAGCAUCCCCUCGGCGGUGUUCUCGCGGGUCCACGCUCUGCCGGACGCCAACAACGAGAGCGUGGCGUUCUGCGACCCGUUCCCGGCGGUGGGCGGGGUAAGCUACGGGAAGCCGCUGGUCGUGUUCAAGUGCCUCGUCUUCUACGCCCUCCCGCUCAGCGUCAUCGCCGCCUACUACGUCAAGAUCGCCCGCCACCUCGUCAACAGCGCCAGGAACAUCCCCGGCGAGAUCCAGGGACAGCACGCCCAGAUCCAGGCACGCAAAAAGGUGGCAAAGAUCGUGCUGAUUUUCGUGAUAAUUUUCAGCCUGUGCUUCUUACCAUACCACAUCUACAUGCUGUGGUACUACCUUCACCCGACAUCAAAUUGCGACUACAAUCUCUUUUGGCAUGUGCUCAAGAUUGUCGGCUUCAGCUUCAGUUUCAUCAACUCUUGCAUCAACCCCAUUGCCCUCUAUUUCAUCAGCGACACCUUUCGGAGCCUUUUCGACCGCUACCUCUUUUGCCGCCGAAAAACCUUCGACGGCCGACAUGCCAAAUCAAGCAUCACCAGCAGACGCACUAAGACUGAGUUGGGAUAAGAAACGACAUCUACUAAUGCUGCGUACUAAGGAAAAACCCCGUAUGAACAUUCAAGAGUUACCAAAUUUCUUCGAUAAAAUGUUUAUUUUUGAUAAACGUUAUAAAUAUUCUU